AUGAUUGAGUCGGUCAUGCAGAAGCGCCGUGAGGCGCGCCAGAAGGCGUACGACGAGAUGUGGAACGACGGAAAGGGGUCGCACCACCCCGACUACGACCCCUACGUCUUCGGGAAGGACGCCGUGAAGGCCUCGCGCGCCACCGAGGAGCUGUACAACCACAUCGCGCGGGGCGAGGUCAAGGGCGUGUACGAGAAGCUCGCGGAGGGCGCGGACCCGAACUUCGUGUUCGGCGCGGCGUACAGCUGCCCCGCCGGGUACACCCCGCUGAUGGCGGCGGCGCACCGCGGCCACGUCGAGAUCGCACGCGCGCUCCUGCGGGCCGGGGCCGACCCGAAUUUCCAGAACGGCGCGGGCGACCUCGCGCUGUUCUGGGCCAUCGACGGCGGGCCAGAGAUGAUUCAGCUGUUCGUGGACUACGGGUGCGAGCUGGACAAGGAGACGCCCAAGGGGUGGACUGCGCUGUCGUACGCGAUCGCGAAGGGCAAGUACGGCGCCACGGAGGAGCGCGGGAUCUACCCCGAGGACGUGCUGCAGUACUACGGCGCGUGCAAGGUGGGCGAGGGCGGGCCGCCCGCGCUCGGGUCGCGCUCCCCGCGCGAGUCGUUCAACCGGGAGAAGGACAACUUCAUGGUCGAGCGCGGGAGCUACCAGAAGGUCACGGCCCACCCGUAG